GUUCGAUGCUCUAUCUGGAGAUACCUAACAACGCGAGUCCAGUGAAAGUCAGUAGAGAGGAUCCCUGUUCCUGUUCCGAUGGCGUAUACAACCAAGGAUCUUAUCCUUCCUGAUUCGGUCGGAUGCUACGCCACGGAGGCGGUCACUUACUUGAGGGAUACAUACAACACUCUUGGGGGCUGCUCCUAUACUUGCCGCGAGGCUGGAUACCCUGUUUUUGCAGCACAACUCAUGAAUUGUGCGUGUCUCGACAUCCUGCCUUCGUAUGACGAGAAAGCAGAAGAGUCCUUGUGCAAUCAGCCUUGCCCCGGGUAUGCGGGCGAAACGUGUGGCGGCCAAUCCGGAUAUUAUACAGUAGGCACUGUCCCAGGGGUUCUUGUAACUCCGUCGAGAGCACCGUCUUCAUCAACGAGCACAACUCAAACAAUUACCACGACAAUCACCAGUAAUAUGACUGCAUCCGUCAGCUCCUCGCAAACGAGCCCCGCUACAGCAGUCGUCAGCCCGUCCCAUACGCCCUCGAAUGACACCGUCCCGAUCACGUCUGCCUCGCCUGCUGCUAGCUCCGGCUCGUCAUCUCCUGCAGUUGCAAGUAGUGCCACUACUGUGGCAUCUAUUUUGUCCGCCAUGACUGUACUCGCCGCUCUUUUCUAGGCUUUUUUGCCGGGCAUGCUUCCCAAUUCAAGAUAUGCUUCUCAUGAUUCUUACUUUUAUGGGGCCUUCGGGAUGACGUGACAACGCAGAUCCAGCUAGAUACUUAAGUAGAUGAUCAAAAGGGGGCAAUGGAGCGUCCUCCAAUAAGAAUAGGAAAUUGGCCA